AAUUGGUUAAAUUCAUGAAGAUUUAUAGAAAUCGCACCUAAGCUUCUUACACUGCCGUCAAUUAUAGUCCAUCUGUAAGACAUGCAAGUCUGGCCAACAUUUUCUACAGAUCUAUUAAAUUUUACAGAACAAGUCGGAAAAUUCGGUGCAUAUUUAAAAUUAGCUCACAGUAACCGAGUAGGUUGAAAUAAAUAUUACAAAAGAUGUCUUUCUUACAAAGUUUUCUCCAACGUUAUAUGCCAACUGUAAAAGCAGAAGAAGAAGAAUUGAUUGAUCCUCAAAAAAUACUUCGUGAAAGAUGCUCGAGACAACCUAAAUGUACCAGUUUGCAAGAAAAACUGGACACUUGCAAUCAGCGUGUUAAUUCAAGGAGUAAUACAGAGGAAACCUGUAUGGAAGAAUUAAUUGAUUAUGUAGAGUGUGUAGAUCAUUGCGUAGCAAAAACACUUUUUAGUAAGCUUAAGUAAGAUUAUGUUAUUUAAAAAUGUGUGAUCUUUAUUAUAAAAUAUGUUACAAAUUAAUUCAAUGCAUUGUAGAUGAAUAAGUAAUGCUAGGAAUAAAUGAUAAUAUAUCAAUAACAAUUAA